AUGGACGAGAUAUACUAUGCAUUGAAAAAUGCUCCUGACAACGAUAUAACGAAUCAAUAUUUGACUAGACUGUCAAACAUUCCGACAGUAUAUUUUCCUGAUAUGAAGCUCGUUGUUCCUGCGAAACGAGUAGUAAUAUCUUGCAAAGAAGAAGAGGAAAUACAUCCAUAUCUACUAAAAUGUCCUGAUUCGUUUUCUCAAUAUACAAAUGUGUUUAUAAGAUUAGGUGCCUCAAAGGAACUGUCAUGUGAUUCUUUUGCCUGUGCCCUCAGGUGUUUAAAGGAAAAAACUUUGAAAGCAGGCGGACCUGAGCUAACCCCUCAAGAGUACUCUGAUGCUAUUAAAGCUAUGCAAUAUUUCUUUCGAUAUCUAGCAUUUGAAACAAAAACCAUAACUAUUUCAGGGGAAAGUCUUUACUUUUUAUCUGAGGCCGAAACAAUCGAAAAUUCAAAUAUGCUAGUUGUGUCAAAUAACAUGUACUUCAAAAGUGCUUUAGAUAGAAGUAACACGGAAAGGCGUAUGUUUCUCAUAGGUUUUGGUACGUUGUUUGAGAAAAACAUGAGGAUUGACAAUUGUGUUGAAAACUUGCAAUAUUUGCCUGAGACACAGAAACCAUACUUGCUCACAGAAGUGGUCGUGGAAAGGGUAGUACUUGAUAAUAUUAAAAAGAUGACAAGAAACGAAGCGUUAAAACUUGAAGAAUUCAUACACGGGACAGACUUUUUGUACGGAUUUCUGAGAUUGUAUAGACAUACACUGGAACUGCAAGGCAUCAAAUGGAACAUAGAGAUAGAAACUAAGUUUGCCAACCAUAUGAAAAAAGUAACAUUUGAGCAAUGCUCUGGAAUAGAAACGGUGCUGUAUAUGAAAAACAUUGAAAGUGGGAGGAAACUAGGGAAAGAAGUAUUAAUUGAAAAUACAAACGAGAAAAGAUUUGUUCACACUGAAAUAUCGGAAAAAGCAGUUUGUGUAUAUUUUGACACAUCUGAUUCAAAUUGGAAGCAAAACGUAAAAAAAGAAAUAACAGUUUACCUAAAUGGGUUAACUUGUGAAAAAAGUUUUGAUGCCCAAACAUCUUUAAACCUCUCGGAAAUAAUAGGAAUGUUUGAUACGCCACGUGAGAUAGAAAUGUAUCUUAGUCAGGCAAGAAUAAAAGAAUACACAUUUGAGACAGACAUUUUAGACGAAAGUUAUUCUUACCCUAUUCCUGGAGAUAUUGUUGAAGAAAGGUUCCAUAGAUACUUGGAUAACGAUUUUGGAUUGAUUUAUGAAUUUGAUUUUAAAUUCGUAGCAUUAGAAGUAGACGAUCCAUCUUUUGAUGCAGAGCUGGAAGAAGAUGGUGAAGAUGAUGAGCAGCAAAACGGAAAAUACACGCCAACAUAUAUGUAUGUUCAUAUUAUCAGACAACUUGAGCCAGAAAAUGAACUUCCUCUUUUUCAAGAGUAUGAAAUUGAUUUCGCCAAAUUGCCAAAGUGCUUUCCUCAAACAUUUCAAGAAGCUUGUAAGGAAGUUAGAAAAAUUCUCACUGAAGCUUGGAAGAAACAUGAAAACGACAGGAAGCGUAUUGUUAAACGCCUGAUGCUCAAAUGGCAUCCUGACAAGAAUCCAGAUAAUGUUAAUUUUUGUACAAAGGUAUUUCAGUAUAUACAACAAUGCUUAAAUCGGCUUGAUAACGGUUUAGAUCUACAGGAAGAAGAUGACGAUUCCGAUAGCCAUACGACAGGGCGUAAUUUUAGCUCGAACACUUCUGGAACUUAUUGGUCAUCCUCCGGGUCCUAUGGCAAUACUAGAUAUGAUAGGUACUGGAGAAGGUACGAUAGAGGAAGACGAUAUAAUGAAAGUCGAUAUAGCAAUACUUCUUACAAUAAUACUUCCAGCGGAAAUAAUAGUUCCCGCGGAACAAGUGGAUAUUACCGUAAUUUUCAUUCUUAUUGGAGGUCGAGUCGAAGAUAUACGCAUACAUCCUACGAGCCCUAUCAUUGGUACAGCAUGGCGCGCAUUUGGCAUAAGCAGGCUGAAUUAGAUUUAAGACAAGCUAGAGAAUCGAUAGAAUUACAAGAACAUCCACAGUAUAAUUGGUCAUGCUACAAUGCACACCAGGCAGCAGAAAAAGCUUUGAAGGCAGCUUGGUAUUCCAAAGACGCUAAAAAAAUUGGGAUUUCAGUUUCAGGUCAUGAUUUAGAGGCCUUAGCUAGAGACCUCGACCCAUCGUUAAGGGUGGUUGCCCGAGAAAUGUCUAAUUUGACUGGCGAUUACAGUGCUAUGCGAUAUCCAAGAACUCACACAGCACAAGUUCCUUCUGAGAUAUAUACCAGAACAAAAGCUACAGGCAUGAUAGAGUUAGCGCAAAAAAUUAUAACGCUUGUUCAAAAUAGUUAUAUCAGAUAGAUUUAAAGUAGUCGUGUGAUGAUGUCAUAAACAGUGCUGAUAGAAUUUAUAAUAUUUUCCAACGUCAUAAAAGUGAUACUUGUAUAUAAGCUUUGUGUUAUGUAUAUAUGUUACAUAUGGACUUUCUGUAUUUUAUUUAUGUGUAAAAAUGAAUAUAGUUAUCUUACGUUUGCUAUCUGUAAAAAAGGCAUUUGCAAUUAUGAAUAUGCCGAUUUAAUGUUGUAGAUAUUUUUAUAUCUAAUUAGUUGUUUAUGUUAAAAAAUGAAAACAAAACCAUAUGAUCAAUAAUAUACCAAUACAUAUACAUUUGAUCUAUUUUGUUUGUAUAUAGUUUUCUACAUUUGCAUUAAAGUUUGCUGUAUUUAGAUACAAUAUGGCGUACGGAUUGUGACAAUUGUUUAAGUUAAUACACAUAUUUUAUUCUUGUUUCAUUUUUGUGUAAGAAGCUAUAAGCAUAUACACCCACUUCCGAAUCCAUUUCUGGAACAGCAAUUAGUGUAUUUAGUUUGUUUUUGCUCAAGGAAACGACUUUCCCUUGAUGAUUUGCGAUUUUUCUGAAAUAAAUGAAAGAUUAUGUCUCAUUUUAUUGGAUAUUGUCAUACUAUCUAUUGCAUAGCAGUUCAUCAUUGUAUAUAUAAUAUGAGAUUUACCUGUGUAACAUACAUGUACAUACUGGCUAAUUGUUAACCUAGGAAAAGCUCAAACGAUUGAGUAAAUGUGUUUGUAAAAGGCUAAAUAAUUUGUAUAUUCAUUUAAUUCUGCACAUAUCGAUUCUAACAUAUCCUGUAAAUAUAUUUUUAUUAUCAAGACAUAUUAAGAAUUCCCGCGUAAAGGUCAGGUGUUAUUGUUGAAUUAUAAAUUGGUUUAAAUUACAAGUAAAUUCACUAUUUUUCUCUUCAGAAACUAACUUUGUAAAAAAACACCUUUUUUGUCAUUGAGUCUAUAAAAGUAGUAUUUUUGUUACGUUUUGCUAUUAGAUGACAAUACUUACAAUUUUACACUUCUCAUUAUGAUUGUUAAAAUGAUUGUCUUUUGUUUACAUGUAUAUUUCUAGAUAAUAAGCAGUAUCACUGAUUGUAUACUUUCCAUGUAAAUAUGAUAGGAUCCAUUAAUACACAUGGUAUACCAUGGGCACCUGCCUAAAUCCAUGUUUAGAAUAUGCAAUAUAGCUGUUGUAAUUGAGCACAAUGUCAAGUUAAUAUCAAAGCAUAUUCUAUUUACAUUGAUAUAAUUAAGUAUUGUUUUGUAUAAAAUAUCACUAUUAUUCUGUGUAUUAUUGUUAUAGAUUUACAAAAGAAAAUGUCAUUUUAUACCCAAUCUAAAUGUACAUCUACAUCAAACUUUAUACUGACAAAACGAUUAGGUUUGUUUGGUUAUAUGCUACAUUUACAGUUCCUUUUUAUAAUUUGCAUUUUUUUCCAUUAUACAUUCUCAUGAUUGGCAUUGAUUACCACACCUUAUUUUAUUUUGCAUUGUUUCCUAUACUUAAGUUUGCAAUGUUUUGGAUAUCUUAUAAUAUUGCAAAAUUUUGGAUACCAUAUUUUUUUUUCAAUGUUUGGAAUACCUUAUAAUAUUGCAAUAUUUUGGAUACUAUAUAUUUUUUCAAUGUUUUGAAUACCUUAUAAUAUUGCAAUAUUUUGGAUACCAUAUAUUUUUUCAAUGUUUUGAAUACCUUAUAAUAUAGCAAUAUUUUGGAUACCAUAUAUUUUUUUUCAAUGUUUUGAAUACCUUAUAAUAUUGCAAUAUUUUGGAUACCAUAUAUUUUUUUCAAUGUUUUGAAUACCUUAUAAUAUUGCAAUAUUUUGAAUACCAUAUAUUUUUUCAAUGUUUUGCAUACCUUACAUUUUUGUAAAAUAUUUUUGCUUGUAGUAUUUUCAGAAAAUUUAUGUUUAUAGCAAAAAUGUAUGUAUGUAUGUAUGUAUGUAUGUAUGUAUGUAUGUAUGCGUGUGUGUGUGUGCAUGUGUGUGUGUGUGUGUGUGUGCGUGUAUGUGUAUUGGUGUUUGUGUGUGUGUAUGAAAUAGCAUUUUUGGAUGCAAGUAUACAGCAAAUAUAAAUUGUUUUAUUAUUGAUAUAUGUUUACUAUUGACAUUAUUUUGUUAACUUAUGACAUUUGUUUACUAUUGAAAAAAAUUGUGUUUACUACUAACAUAUGAGUACUAUUGACAUAUGACACAUGCUAACUAUUGACAUAAUUAUGCUAGUUAUUACAUAUAUAAACCAUUGACAUAUUGCCAUAUAUAGGCUUCCUUUUGAUAUAUGUGAAGCAUUGACACUAUUAUAUUUACCUUUGAUAUUAUUAUGCUUACUUUUGACAUUAUUAUGCUAAAUUUUGACAUAAAUAUGCUUACUUUUGACAUAUUUUGAAACUUAUAUUGACAUAGGUUUACAAUUGACGUUCUGUAAUACAGUAAUAAUUUGAAAGAAUAUUGAACCAGUUUUUAAUGACAAUGGCUUAAUGAACAAUUUUAGUUUAAAUUAAAAUACAGUAUUCAUAUUAAUCACAUUUUUAUGAAUAAUCUUUGUGAUAUUAAGCCCACCCAAGUGUACAUGUCAAAAUCAUUUUACCUAAUUGUUUUCAAGUAUGUAGACUAGUUCAAUGUUGUAUAAUCAAUAUCCCAAAUGAGAGUUCUAUGAAUAUCCUUUGGACUGGAUCAUAAGUUUUUAAUAGAUAAUAAUAUGGAGCAGUCUUUUUAUACUUGAAGCAGUUAUAUAUAUAUUAUCUUCAAAAUUUUUCAUUAUCAUACAGCACAAAUCUACAAUGAAAAAAAUGCAGAGUGUCACUUUAAAAUAUUAUAUCAUACAUAUAUAUGAUAAUAUAUAUACAUGUAUAUACACAUACAUACAUGCUUGAUAAAUUAAUUGACUUGAGUUACCAAUUAACCUUUAUAAGCCAUAUUUUGGUAUGUUCAUGUCAGAUGUUACAUAUCAAAUAUGAUGAUUGCAAUUAUUUGGUAAAGUUUGAAUAAAGAUAGAUUACUUUGAUGAUA